AUGCAGAAAUCACCAUCGAACGAGAUGAUUCCGCUAUGGGGAAUCAUGGUGUCUCUGGUCUUUCUUAACUUCGCAAUCAUACUGCAUGAUUUCUAUUUUAGUUUCUGUUUCAUCAUCUGUAUAUUCAAAUCUUUCCCGGGAAUCAUUUCUUGUAUCCGCGUUUCUUCCUCUGCAACAACAAAGAGAAUCUGCAGAAACGGCGACAGAACUUGUAACGCACCCGCUGAAGAUCAGACGGCAACCGACGAACAUCAUCGAAACCUGUCGUUUUCGGAAUUGAAAACGGUGAUCGAGAACGAGGGGAUGGGUAAAAUCGAUUGGCUGUUCGAGGAAGAAGAACCGAGUUUGAUGGAAGUGAAAGAAGCUUUCGAUGUGUUCGAUGAAAAUAAGGAUGGAUUCAUCGAUGCAAAGGAGUUGAGGAAUGCGUUGUAUUCGUUAGGUUUCAUUAAGGAGGCUUCGGAAGAUGACUGUGAAAGGAUGAUUAAAGGGUUUGAUGAUAAUUUCGAUGGCCAAAUUGAUUUUAAUGAAUUUGUUAAAGUGUUGGAGAGAAGCUUCUGCUCAUCAAACUAA